AUGGAGCUUCAAGCAGAAAAGCGUUCCCAGAACUUGAAUUUUGAACAAAUUCAGACUCUGGAUAAAGUCUUGACUGAGUUGAUUCCCAUUUACGGAAGAGGAAACUUCCCCACGCUGCAAGUUCGAGCCAAAGACAUGAUACGAGUGGUGAAGGAGCGUCUGGUGGAGCGUGACAUCCACGUCAAAGAUAUCCGCCUGAAUGGUGCCACAGCAAGUCAUGUCCUGGUAAGAGACAAUGGUUUGAGUUAUAAAGAUUUAGACAUCAUUUUUGGUGUCGAUUUGCCCAGACAGGAGGACUUCCAAGUGAUUAAGGAGGUGGUGCUGGGGAGUCUCCGAGACCUCCUCCCAUGUGGCGUGAACCGCAGAAAGAUCACCUGUCUGACCAUGAAAGAGGCUUAUGUGCAGAAGAUGGUGAAAGUGUUCAAUGAGCAUGACAAGUGGAGUCUCAUAUCAUUGUCAAACAACAGGGCCAACUCUGUCGGGCUGAGGUUUGUGAGCUCCCUGCGAAGACAUUAUGAGUUCAGUGUGGACUCAUUCCAGAUCAUUGUAGACCGAAUGCUGGAGACGUACUGGGAAAGUGAAAAGAGACAGACGAGACAAAUGACAACAACAGCUGGACAAGAGAAGCAUUCUGUGGCUCCCAAAGUUGAACCUGAACUGUUUCAGAAGACAUCCGGUGCAAAUAAAUCACACCGAGGAAAACCCAAGAAAGAGUCCGACUCCACUGAUAGGAAAUGUGAGAAGGAGCAGAUCGUGGAGUCUAAAAGGGCUGAUGUUCAUUUGACUUCUUCGCCUGCAGAAGUGUCUGACAUAAGAGGAAGUGCUACAAUUGAUGCAAGUGUAAAGCCCAAACAAUCAAAGAAGCCCCCGGAUGUAGACAGUCAUUCCCACACUGCUCCACUGAGACCUGACCCUCCAGAGACUGGGACAGUAAGCACCUCUGGGUCACACCUUUGGAGCGGGUCAUCUGCAGAGACUAUAAUCACUGUGGAGGCCGAGUGCAUGUAUGGAGACUUCCAACAGGCCCUGCACCACCUUCAAAGCCGGCUCAUUGCAACCCACAACCCAGAGGAGAUCCGGGGAGGUGGAUUGCUUAAAUACAGUGAUCUUCUGGUCCGAAACUUUUGUCCAGCUAGUGACACUGAGAUCAAAUCUUUGGAGCGCUACAUGUGUUCACGCUUCUUCAUAGACUUUCCAGACGUACGUGAACAGCAGCGCAAAAUUGAAGCCUAUUUACAAUGCCAUUACAUCGGCAAUGAUGAGGCCAGUAAAUAUGAUUUUCUAAUGACUCUGCGGCGUGUGAUUGACGAGAGCACGGUUUGCUUAAUGGGGCAUGAGAGACGACAAACUCUGAACAUGAUUACAGUCUUUGCUUUGAGGGUUUUGGGAGAACAAAACGCCAUUCCAAAUACAGCCAAUGUCACUUGCUUCUACCAGCCUGCUCCAUACAUGACAGAGCCUGUGUAUAACAGCUACUUCAUCAGCCAGAGCCAGCCCCCCCUCAUGUACCACCCCUACCCUUUACAUGUGCACUUACAGUCUGGCCUGGUCUAG